AAUAUGAAGAAAAAACUGGACGAGCUCACAGACCACUCUCUCCUAAACAGAAUGUGAGGAAGAAUCUUGAUUUUGAGCCACUCUCCACUACAGCGCUUAUUUUAGAGGACAGACCAGCGAACCUCCCUGCAAAGCCAGCAGAAGAAGCUCAGAAACACAGACAGCAGUACGAAGAAAUGGUUGUUCAAGCGAAAAAAAGAGAGCUUAAAGAAGCCCAGAAGAGAAAGAAACAACUGGAAGAACGCUGUAAACUGGAAGACAGCAUCGGCAAUGCUGUUUUAACUUGGAACAAUGAAAUCUUGCCCAACUGGGAAACUAUGUGUUGUUCCCGUAAAGUUCGAGAUCUGUGGUGGCAGGGCAUUCCACCAAGUGUGAGAGGCAAAGUCUGGAGCUUGGCAAUUGGCAACGAGUUAAACAUCACCCAUGAACUGUAUGAUAUUUGCCUGGCUCGUGCCAAAGAGAAAUGGCGAUCCCUUAGCACAGGAGGGGCUGAAGUAGAAUGUGAAGAUGCUGGAUUUUCUGCAGCUGACAGAGAAGCAAGCUUGGAGUUAAUAAAACUGGAUAUCUCAAGAACAUUUCCUAGUCUGUGUAUAUUCCAGCAGGGUGGUCCUUACCAUGACACGCUGCACAGUAUUUUAGGAGCCUAUACUUGUUACAGACCUGAUGUGGGCUAUGUACAGGGCAUGUCAUUCAUAGCAGCAGUGUUGAUCUUGAAUUUGGAUACUGCAGAUGCCUUCAUUGCUUUUUCUAACCUUUUAAAUAAACCCUGUCAGAUGGCAUUUUUCCGUGUGGACCAUGGCCUUAUGUUGACUUACUUUGCUGCAUUUGAGGUAUUCUUUGAAGAAAAUCUGCCAAAGUUAUUUGCUCACUUCAAAAAAAAUAACUUGACUCCAGACAUCUAUCUCAUUGAUUGGAUAUUCACAUUGUACAGCAAAUCUUUGCCACUGGACUUGGCAUGUCGUGUCUGGGAUGUGUUCUGCCGUGAUGGAGAAGAGUUCUUGUUCCGUACAGCCCUGGGAAUAUUAAGACUUUUUGAAGAUAUUUUGACCAAAAUGGACUUCAUUCAUAUAGCCCAGUUUUUAACAAAGCUACCAGAGGACUUGCCCUCGGAAGAAUUCUUCACAUCUAUUGCUGCCAUUCAGAUGCAAAGUAGAAACAAGAAGUGGGCUCAGAUACUGGCUGCUCUGCAGAAAGAUAACCGGGAAAUGGAAAAAGGAAGUCCUUCACUCAAACGUUAAAAUCAUGGCUGCCUCCGGUGACUCACGGCAAGAGAGCUGAAGUGGCAGAAGUGUUGCAUACUGUCGGACAUGUAUGAGCCUGCAAAUCCAAGUGUUAUUUCCGAGUUUUGUUUAGUAGUAGCAUAGCCUUAAAGGGGGAGGGGGUGGG